GACUAGUAAAGCAUGCGACCUCCAUGCGAUCGUUCGUCGAUGUUCUAAGCAAGAUAAUUCAAUUCCAUUAACUUAUUUACACCGAAAACUUGAUUUUCAACUCAUAAAUAAGUAUUAAACAAGUCAUAAGUAUUUAUAAACAAAUAUUUAUUAAUAUUUUUGUGAUAUUUUCUAAGUGUGAACGUCUACAGUGCGAACGUGGAGUGAAUAAAGUUUAAUUUAAAGUUGUGAUAGUUUUAUAAAAGUGAAAAUGAUUAAAUUAUCGCUGUCUGAAGUCAUGAAGAUCGGAUUCAUCGGAGGUGGCCGCUUGGCAUUCGCUCUCGCCAACGGAUUCAUAUCUGCUGGGCUAGCGAAACCUGAUGAAAUCACAGCCAGUUGCCAUCCAGCUGAUACAGUGAGCGCGGAAGCAUUCAAGAAACUGGGAGCGACAGCCUUCUUCGAAAACACGCCAGUAGUGGAGAGAUCAGAAGUGGUCAUCGUGUCAGUCAAACCAGACGUGGUGACACCAGCUCUCAAGGAAAUCAAGAACCUGCCUGCUUCGAAGAACAAACUGUUCAUCUCCGUAGCUAUGGGGGUUUCUACUGCUACCAUUGAGAAGGCGUUGCCAACAGAAGCACGAGUCAUCAGAGUCAUGCCAAACACUCCAGCGCUAGUCAAGGAGGGAGCGGCAGCCCUGAGCCGAGGGUCCAGAGCCACCCCUGAGGACGCCCAGCUUGCCACCAAGCUAUUCCAAGCCGUCGGAACUUGCGACGAAGUCCCUGAGUAUCAGAUGGACGCGGUCACUGCCCUGAGUGGUAGUGGGCCUGCUUAUGUAUACAUGCUAAUAGAAUCUCUAGCCGAGGGCGGAGUGCGGUGCGGCUUGCCACGCGAUCUGGCGUUGCGUUUGGCCUCCCAGACCACCCUAGGGUCUGCCGCCAUGCUCAGGACUGGUGGCCACCCCGCCCAGAUGAAGGAUAAUGUGACUAGUCCUGCUGGAUCCACCGCUGAAGGGACUUAUCAUUUGGAGAAGAGUGGUUUCCGCGCUGCCGUCAUCGGUGCAGUAAAAGCGGCCUCAGACAGAUGUAAAGUGGUCAACGAACAAUUAAAUAACUAAAUCUGUAGGCGUAUUUAAUCCUUGGAAACAUUUAUUGAAUUGUUAAUUAAUUGUAAGGAGACAAUCAAAUAAAUAUUUUUUAUAAAUA